AUGGCCGCGGCCCUAGAAUCGGUCCUGCAAGACCUUGGCCACGACGAGGGUACCAGCAGGAGAAGCAUCAAGAGAGCCCGAGACGAUGAGAUCGACAUCAACACAGAUUUCGGUCAUUUGUUGGGGCACAUUGAGGUCGAUGUGCAAGACAAGAAGGAAAUCAAGAAGCAGCAACUGCCGAUCCUCAACAUUCGUGCCUUCCUGGCACAUCUUGUCUCAGAACCUGGCAUGGCAGCCUUCUUCACGAGACGACAUGCUGCAAUGCCAAGCUCGGCUGAGAAGCCGUGGCGAAUCUGCCUGUACUGCGAUGAAAUUACACCAGGAAAUCAGCUACGAUCAACAAAUCAAAGGAAAGUCCAUGGUUAUUACAUGAGCUUUAUCGAGUACGGGCCGGCAGCCCGCUGUCAAGAGGAGUCAUGGUACUGCCUUUGCCUUUGUAGAAGCCAGCUGGUGAACAAGAUCCAGGGCGGCCUCUCGGCCUUAACACAUGCCAUCGUGGCCAUGCCUGACUUUUCAGCACUGCAGAAUGGUUGCCUGCUCACCAUGCCCAAUGGCGACAAGCUUAUGUUUUUUGCUCGCAUCGACACCUUCCUUGCAGACGAAAGUGCUAUCAAGUUCGUCUUCGAUCUUAAAGGUGCUUCAGGCAUUUUGCCAUGUGGUCUGUGUGCCAACGUCGUGGGGAAGACUGGGGUGGAGCAACACGACACUUCUGGGUCUCUCUGCACGAUUGCAUGCACCGAUGUUCGUCGCUUCAUUUUGAGGACGGACGAUGACAUAUAUCAGGCACACGAACAGAUGCAAGCGAGGCAUGGGCGAUGCUCGCAGGCCCAAUUCGACCAGAUGCAGAAAGCUUGUGGCAUCAAUUUCAACAUGAACGGUGUGAUCGCAAAGAAAAGCCUUCCCAUGGUGCAAACAUGUAUGUAUGACUUCAUGCACAUCUAUUUGGUGCAUGGCCUCUUUCAUCUAGAGGCUGGCUUGCUGCUGCCACAGUUAUACAGUGCAGGUUGCUCACCAGGGGCCAUCUUGGAUUUCAUGAAGUCCUUCAGCUGGCCUCAGAACCAGCAGGGGGUCAUCAAAGAAACUCUUCAGUGCUUCCAGAAGAAAGUCGACAAGAAUGAGGGCUUCAAAGGCAGUGCUUCCCAAUGCUUGAAUGCCUAUCCCUUACUGAGAGCUUAUGUGCUCAGCUUGGCUCCUGCAGGGUUGGGUGCACAGGUGAAGAAAGCUUGCAAGUCGUUUCUGAACUUGUGUCUCGUGCUUGACAUGCUCAUGGAAGGGAACCGAGGCCUGCCGCUUAUCCCAGCAGAACUCCAGAGGCUCAUUGUUCAGCACUGCCAAGGGUUUAUAGAGGUGUAUGGGCCCGACCAUGCCAUCCCCAAACUCCACUAUUCGAUGCACCUGCCGAUGAUGCUUGAUGCGAAGAAGACACUGAUUUCUUGUUUCACCCAUGAAAGGAAACACCGAAUGAUAAAGCUGUUUGCCAACCACUUGAACAAUCCAGGCUCCUGGUACGAGGGCUCUGUUAUGAAGGAGUGCUUGGGCAAGCUCGUCCUUUCAAUGUCGAGUGGACCAUGCACCAUGGAAGCACACCUCAUCUCGCCAAAACUGGCAAAUGACGAGCUGCUGCAGAUGCUGGUGCAGGUUUUCGGCAUGGCAAGUGCUCAUAAUGCCCAGGCCGCAUCCAAGGCUCAGGUGGCACCCGGCCAGGUUUGUUCAAGAGGCGACUUCGUCCUUUUGAGAGCCGGCGGUGUUGCAGAGGCCUGGUUGUUCUGUCGGUUGGGCACUGGAGAGCUGCUUGUGUUGCUCAGCGAGCUCGAGGCUUGUGGGCGAAACAUGUUUAAAAAGAAAGCAGACAAUGCCCGAUUCCUGGAGGUGGUUGAAAUCAAGAGGGCUUGCCUUGUCAAAGGACUGGCAGCCGACACGGUGCAGGUGGCGGAAAUCGAUGCCCUGGUGAGCCACACACAGGGCGGGGACUUCCUCGUCAAGAAUGUGCAGCAGAUCUUCGCUCUGUUGGAGAAACAUGGACUCAUGACACACAUGAGGAUUCCCCCGCAAUUCGUCGGUGUGCACCCGAAGAACCGCGACGGGGCUUGCUUGGUGGCGGAGGACGUCCACGAACUCCUCGAGUCCAUCGCCCAGGUCGGCUUCGUUCCAAGCCGUGUGCAUGCAAUCGCCAUUGAGGUCUCCGGCCCUGAGGAGUUGGAGUUGAAUGAGAGGUUGGUGACCUCUGCGGCUGGGCGACUCGGUACCAUCGACAAGAGUCGCCUGAAGGCUCUCAGCCUGUCUGCAUCCCACACCAAUUGGGCCCUGAGAUUGGUGGCCUGUGGAGCCAUGCAUGAGUCGACCUUGCUGUCCAAUCAACAAGGCCACCUGUCGUUGGAAAGGGUUCGAGAGCGAGACCCGACGAUGGCAGACCAUGUGGAAUCCGGGCUUGAGUGGCGAGUGAUCAGCAAGGAGGUCGGGAGCACCUGGCCUGCUCUGUUAGAGAUGAUACAGGCUUCCUAUAAUGCAUCCCUCCAAAAAACAGAAAGCGAACUCCAACUACUCCGUCGAGUCUGCACUUUGGUGGCCCGGCAAGGCCACAAGGCCGAGUAUGCCCUUGUCAAGAAGCAAGCUCUCGCCUCGAAGCAAGCCAUGAUCAAGUUGGCUCUCACAGGCCAUGUGCUGACACCUACGGCCAUGAAGAAGAUCUUCACAAAGGACACACUCCCAAAGGCGAUCGCAGCAAAUCGUUGCAUGUCCAUGAUCAGGGAGCUGCUGCAGAAUGGUGGCGGUCCGAGCAUCGAACACCCGGACUAUACCAGAGUCGUGAAUUUGCUCGGGGUAGCAGAUGGCAACAUGGCCAAGGUCGUGCUGGGCAUGCAGCCUGGCGAUGGCGAGAAGAAGUACGGAGCCGCCGAGAGUGUUGCUCACGACACGGUUGUCAUCCUUAACAGCAUGUUGGGACUAAGCAUGACUUCGCCUUGGGCAUUGCAAGCUGAAGAGACAAAGGUAGCAACAGGCCAAAGCAGCAGCAGUUCCCAUGAAAGGAUGCGAGAGCUCAACCCAGACGGCUCCCUCAAGAACCCUUCCGAUCUGCUCGCUGAUUCCGGCUUCGUGCAGGAUGCCUUCUGCCGAAGGAGGAAGGAUAAGAUGGAGUGUGUCAUCAUGCAAGCGAAAGCACCUCAUGUUCAGCUGAAGGAGCUGAAGACUGGUGGCCUCAUGAAGGUUAGCAUGGAUGAGUUCAUCUCAGGCCAGUGGGUGGUGUUCAAGCCCAAAGCCGAGGCACAGGUUUUGGACCAGCUGGAGAAUUUCGGCCCUGCAGCUUCCCCCGACUUCCAAGCAUGCAGCAUCGUUGCAGCGAUCCACUCCGAGGUGGCCCGAUUGGUUGGUCAUCACUCGUCUGAUGAGGUUUGCAAGAGUUUGCAGCUCCAGAUGAAGCCAUUUAAGUCUGUGAUUGCUAAAGCAAACUUCGCCAAGAACAAGCUGGUGCUUGUUCCAUUCACAUUCAAGGUCCUGAUGCGAGAGAAGAAGUCGGAUCCAGUCUCGGGGGCCGUCCAGGUCGUCGUGCCAUCUUGGAAGAUGGACAAUCGCGAGUUUUGGCUUGUGUCCUGCAACCAGGCUCCCAAGGAAGACGACGAUGGCAACACCCUCACGAAGGGCUUCAUCUCGCCAUUUUUCGCGAUUGCAGGGCAGGAGGAGGAGGACCUCGUGAACAUGACAUCCUUCAUGUCAGGGAAUAGCCAGAGCAUCGUCAGAUUCCCCAUGCUGAAGAACAGCAAGGCAAUCUCGGCUGGCGAUCAUUUGUGCACAUUGCGAGUGAAGGAGAAGGCUGAGUCGAAGGCUCCUCCUGCUAAGAAGGCCAAGAAGUGA